ACACUCAAAACUGAAAAUAUCUAGAUUUCUUUAUAUCUAUAAUCAUAGAUUAAUACACAUGCCCAGUUUGUGGAUUGAGUUACCAAGUUAAAAACUCUUGUCUCUUCAAGUCUUCCCUAGUAUUCUCUUCUCCCAACGUAGUGUUAUACAUGGCUGCUUGUGCUACCAAUGGAUCGAUCUUUGCGUCUAGCUCACAAACAUGUUUGCCCAAGCGGUCUGUCUAUUGUGGCAUUUCAAACACGCAUGCCAGUAAUUUUCUCAAUGUUUCAUUAACAAGAUGUUACCCAAUGAAGAAAAGUCAUGUGAAAGUUAGUAAAAAGAUCAGUGCUGCUGCUGUUGCAACAACUCCAACUGAGGAAAUUAAAGAGUACACGCUUCCUUCAUGGGCUACGUUUGAACUUGGAAGGUCCCCUGUCUACUGGAAAACCAUGAAUGGUCUUCCUCCAACUUCAGGAGAGAAGUUAAAACUUUUCUAUAAUCCAGCAGCAAAUAAACUUGCCCCCAAUGAAGAAUUUGGAAUUGCUUUUAAUGGAGGUUUUAACCAGCCAAUUAUGUGUGGCGGUGAGCCAAGGGGUAUGCUCAGAAAAGAUAGAGGCAAAGCUGAUUCCCCAAUAUAUACCAUCCAAAUAAGCAUUCCUAAGCAUGCUAUGAACUUGAUCUUCUCAUUUACAAAUGGAGAAGACUGGGAUGGUCCCUAUAGACUGCAGUUUCAAAUACCCAAGGCUUUCCAGAACAAGCCAAUUGACUUUUUCAAUGAGGGCUUGGCAGAGGAACUGAGUAAAGAAGGUGCAUGCGAGAAAGCAAUAUUUCCAGAUUCAAAUAUGAUUAUAACCAAAUGUGCUAUGAUUGGGAAUUUGUCAAAAGAAGGGGGUGAUCGUUGCAAUCUGGAUCUCGUUCCAGGAUGUACAGACCCUAGCUCACCCUUUUACAACCCACUAGCCAAUGUAGACGAUGGAACAUGCCCAAUUGACCUCGAUUCUGAGUCUGAACUCUGAAGAGUAGCAUUAUACUGUAUAUAAGGGAUAUGUAGUCCCUGCAGAACAUUAAGUUACAUUCUUGAAUAUAUAAUGUAAUUUGCAAAAAAAGUUUGUAAACGAAUCA